UGGUCCUAUGCUCCGUUCACGUCUCGUUGACCGUGGUGUCUGUUCGUCGCGCCGGUACAGCGUAGUCGCCAAUAGUAGCAGGGAGCCCAGCUUGAAGCUCCAGCUCCACAGACAGGCUUGGUCGUUGCUACGUUCGCCGGAUGAGCGGAGCGCCGUCGUAAAGUCAUGGAAGUUUUUCGAUUCAAUGGCAGAGGCCUACGCACUCCUUCGCGCCGUAGAGGAGAAAUACGGUCCUAUUCAUGAGUAUUGGUUCCAAAAGGACCAAGAAGAUCCUUCAAAAUAUACUUCUGUCAUUCGCGUGCAGUUUAAAAAUGCAGAAUCUUUGCGGGAUCUCUCGUUCUCUCCCAAGCCGCUGCAUGUUGUCGCUCCAGUGGUCCCGGUACGUCCUGGAGGCAUUGGCCUGGAUGAUUUGAAGGGCCUCCUCGCGCCCCGAGCACAGAAGCCCACGGAUGGAACGGAGUCGUUGCCUGAUAUUGGAGAAAGCGAGAAAAUCAUAGAUGCCAGCAUCUCCAAGGCCGCCCAGCCAUUAUAUACGAGCGGAAUUUCGAUAAACCGAAGAAUCAUACCUCGGAAUAUCAAGGCUAUCCAUGACUGGGGAGGCUUUUUCCCUCUGGAGCCGCUGCCUGAGGGUGCCCCGUUAACGACUGAUCACCCUCACAUGCGGAUUGCUCUGCAACGAUGGACGCAUGAUAUGCAUUGGCGACCGUCGUCGAAUUCCGAGAAACCUGACGCGCAGAAUGCGUCAUCUUCCGAGGAAGAGCCACAGGAAUCUCCUCCCCUCCCUUCCCCUUCGUCCCGGCCUGUACCUGCUCCUGUGGUCCGGAAGUCUCGCGAACCAUGGGAUCCUAUCCUAGAUCCCUUACCGCAACCUACGGUGACAGCGGAAGCAGCACCGCCGACAGAAACAGCUGCACUACCCAUCCAGCCCUCACCGCCAGUCCGAAAAACGCCUCUCGCCUCCGUCAGCCUACCUAACGCUGCAGAUAUCCCGUAUAUCGACCUUCCACCCGUAGUGACGAGGAAAGAUAGAAAGGCUCAGUUGUUGGCCGCGCAACAGGCCAUAAAUCCGACCCCAAAGGCCCCCAAGGUCUCUCCACAGCCAGUGAAGAAGCCAAAGAAAAAGAAGGAGAAAUCUGUUGUCGAGGAGGGUCCACCACCAAAGGAAGGCGUUAUUGAGAGACUGAAAAAGACGUUCUUUGGUUCAUGGUUUAGUUAAUGUAGAUGCAU